AUGUCACGCGCUGGUGCCAAGAAGGGUCGACGGAUGCCCGGUGCUGAGUUCAGCUGGGAUGCUGAUCCGGGCGGCGAGCCCGACACAGCUCCCACGCCUUUGUACCCGAAAUACGUCGUUCCUCUCGCUCGCAAGUUAAACCCUCGAGAACAAUCCCAGGUCGACUACUACCGGGGGCUCCGUGAACGGUUCCACGAAGGGCCCUACUACUCUGUCCUCGAUGCAUCCUCCUCCACUGCCAAGAAAGGCAGCGCCGCGCGCGUCAACUUCGACCCAUUCCACGGCAUGCCCACCUACUCGGGGCGCUACCAAAAGAAGCGGCGGACGUUACCCAAGAUCUCAGGGCAGUCAUACCACUUGAAUUUCUUUCCCCGCGAGUUCUGGCAGACCCUCCAACCCAACUUCCGGCCUGGCGGUAUGAUGGACGGCUACGAAGCACAAAUGCCCCGAGCUGGUGUCAAGCGCGGGUUUGAAGACGAGGAAGAUGAAGCCGAAGAUGACGCAGCGAAGCGACGAGCAGCUGGGGGAGAGGAGGACGAGGGCGAGGGCGAGGUAGAUGCCGACGAAGGGGAGCUGCUGGAGGGAGAGGAGGACCAAGAAGAAGAGAUUGUGGACGACGACUUUGAGGAUGACGACGACGAGAUGGGGGGCGACUACAAUGCCGAGCAAUACUUUGAUGGCGGAGACGACGAUUUCGGGGACGAUGACGGCGGUGGCGGUGACGAGGACACAUAUUGA